UGUGGAUAGUUGGAACUUACAUUCCAUUCCAAAUCAAACACUCUUAGCGAAACCUGGUUUUAGUGUUUUAGUUUUACAGAGCAGAGUGUGGUGCUUGCAGGGGAUUUGAAGUACGUGGGGUAUGAAUCAAGAUCCAAACAAGAGGCGGAAAAAAUGCUUUGAUGUUGAAGAAAAAAGGGUUUUGAGAGAAAAGGACUGUUGAGGAAGGAGGGGCGUGUAACUUCUGGCCUAUCACAUUCCAUCUCUGUGUUAUAUAAAUGAUCUGAUCACUCCCGCCAGUGUCUCAUCCACAGAGAUAUCACGCCUUGAAUGAUCUUACUGCUAAACUCAAGGUGAGAUUGCAAUAGCAUAUAAGCAAAACGACUUGAGGAAAAAAUAAGUGUUUGAAGCUGAGCCGGACUAGCCCACUCAGCAGAACUUAAUUCCUCUUGAAAGGACAGGAUCUAACAUGGCGUUGCAACAGGCCUCAGACCUGGAGAGGGCUAUUGAAACUCUGGUUUAUAACUUCCACGCAGCAUCUGCCAACAACAGGCCAACUCUGACCGAAGAUGAAUUCACAUUUUUUCUCAGGAGACACCUGCCCAACCUGGAGAGGGACCGGAACACAGGGAGGAUUUUGCAGCGGAUGGGAGUGGGGAGUGGACAAGACAUCAGCUUUGAGCACUUCUGGGAAGAGAUUAGACAUUUGGCCCAACAAAACACUCCUGAGCCCAGAGCUGCAAAGUCACGUUGUAUAAUACUCUGAGGCCAAUGGCUGUAAACAGCAUCUGCAGGGAUAUUACACAAAGCUGGAUUCCUAAGACAUGUUGGCACAAAAUGAAUGACAAUUGUCUGUUGUUGAAUGCAGUUAUCCAAAUUACUCAGCAAAUUUGCUUAGGAAAUUUGACUUUAUAAAUAUUUUUGUUUCGUUUGUUGUAAAGUGAACACUGCAUAUUCUGUCCUUUUGGGGUUACAGUUGGUAUAGAUCACUACUCACCACCCUUUUUUCUGAAAGAAUAUUUGACUUUGAAAUUAUUUGACUAUUAAUACUAUUUGACUGAUUAAGCCAAAAUCCACAAUGAAGCGUGAUUUCCAUUUGAAGAACUGCAGAAAUAAAAAAGAUUUCUUCUGAUCACCACA